AUGAGCUCUAAUAAAGUGGAACAGGCCUCUGAAGCUUACAUCGAUGAUUCUACUUCAUUUGAAUCUCUUCAAUUAGAUCCUAGAUUGCUCCAGGCAGUCAAACGUAAUGGUUUCUUGCAUCCAACGUUGAUUCAAUCGCAUGCUAUACCAUUAGCACUUCAACAAAAAAGAGAUAUUAUUGCUAAAGCUGCUACAGGUUCAGGUAAGACUUUGGCAUAUUUAAUACCUGUGAUUCAAACCAUUUUGAACUACAAGGAAUCAUUGCAAGAUGAGAAUGAUCAAAAUCAAACUUUGGGGAUAGUGCUUGUGCCUACCAAGGAAUUAGCAAAUCAGGUGUACAGUGUCUUAGAGAAAAUGACCCUUUAUUGCUCCAAAGAUAUUAGAUCUUUAAAUGUAUCCUCCGAUAUAUCGAACUCAGUGCUUAAUACACUUUUGUUGGAGAAACCAGAAAUUAUCGUUGCUACCCCUGGUAAGCUUGUAACCCUUCUGGAGACUAAUACUGAAGCUAUUUCACUGGAUGAGUUAAAAUUUUUAGUGAUUGAUGAGGUUGAUUUAGUGUUGACAUUUGGAUAUGAAGAAGACUUGACAAAGAUUGCUCAAUAUCUUCCUCUGAAGAAGAACUUACAGACAUUUUUAAUGAGUGCUACUCUUAACGAUGAUAUUCAAAACUUGAAACAACAAUUUUGUCGAUUCCCAGCCAUCUUGAAAUUUAAUGAUGAUGAAAUAUCAAGAGAUCAGAAAAAACUAGCACAAUACUACGUUAAAACCACGGAAUUCGAUAAAUUUCUGUUAUGUUAUGUUAUAUUCAAAUUGGCGCUUAUUAGAGGUAAAACUUUAGUAUUUGUCAAUAAUAUCGAUAGAGGGUACAAAUUGAAAUUAGUUUUGGAACAAUUUGGUAUUAAAUCGAGUAUCUUAAACAGUGAAUUGCCAAUAAAUUCAAGACAACAUAUCGUGGAUCAAUUUAACAAAAAUCUUUUCCACAUUUUAAUUGCAACAGAUGACACUGAUUAUAUUAAGGAAGAAGAAGAAGAAUUAGCGCAUGAAGAAGGACGUGAUGAUGGAAACACAGAAUCUCAAAAUAAAUCCAAACAUGGAUCCAAAAAAAAUAGGGAAUAUGGUGUAUCUCGUGGUGUAGAUUUCAAAAAUGUUUCCUGUGUCUUAAAUUUUGAUUUACCGACGACAGCUAAAUCUUACGUGCAUAGAGUUGGUAGAACAGCUCGUGCUGGUAAAUCUGGUACUGCUAUUUCAUUUGUAGUUCCUCGUAAGGAAUACGGUAAGCAUAAACCAUCUAUGUGCACUACUGCCAUUAAGGACGAAAAAAUACUUUCACGUAUUAUUAAACAACAAAGUAAAUUGGGAUUAGAGAUGUUACCAUAUUCUUUUGAUAAAAAACAAGUAGAGGGAUUCCGUUAUAGAAUGGAAGACGGAUUCCGUGCUGUGACUCAAGUGGCGGUGCGUGAAGCAAGAAUUAAAGAAUUAAAACAAGAAUUACUCAUGAGUGAUAAAUUGAAAAGACAUUUUGAAGAAAAUCCACAAGAAUUACAAAGUUUAAGACAUGAUAAAGAAUUGCAUCCCGCUCGUGUACAACAGCAUUUGAAAAGAGUUCCCGAUUACCUUUUACCUGAACCAUUAAGAGAAGGUAAAUCACCUCAAAUUGGGUUUGUUCCUUUCCAUAAGAAUGGUAAGAAGAGGGCAAAGAAGGGUAAAGUUCAAAAACGCGGUAAAGUUGAUCCUUUGAAAAGUUUCAAAUGA